AGACUUUCCUCUUAAACCCAAAAUCCUCCAUUAAUGGAGACAUUUCAAGAUUCUUUGAGAGAGAAAUCGAAGAAGAGUGGCAGAAGAAAGUUGAAGAAUCCAAAAGUUAAAGCAAAAAGAUGAAGAAUUUACCGGUGUUUUUGAUGGGUUGUGGAGGAGUUGGCCGUCAAUUGCUUCAACACAUUGUUUCUUGUCGAUCUGUUCACGCUAAACAGGGGUUGCAUUUGCGAGUUGUGGGUGUGUGUGACAGCAAAUCUUUGGUGGUUGUAGCUGAUGUUCUUACUUCAGAAUUCGAUGAUUCAUUUCUUCUUGAAGUUUGUCGUGUCAAAUCCAAUGGCUCUUCAUUGCAGACUCUUGCAAUUUCUGGUGUGUGUCAAGUGUUUUCUGGUCCAGAAGUUAUACGAAAAGUAAUUGAUAUUGGACUUCUUGGAAAAUCAACAGGUUUAGCAUUUGUUGAUUGUUCAGCUAGUGCUGAGACUAUUGGAGUGCUAAACCAGGUUGUAGAUUUUGGUUGUUGUGUGGUGCUGGCUAACAAGAAGCCUCUUACUGUGCCAAUGGAGGAUUAUGAUAAGUUGGUGUCACAGCUCCGUCGCCUUAGACACGAGUCAACUGUUGGUGCUGGCCUUCCUGUCAUAGCAUCCUUAAAUCACAUAAUUUCAUCAGGAGACCCUGUCUACCGUAUUAUUGGGAGUUUGAGUGGUACCCUGGGGUAUGUAAUGAGUGAGGUUGAGGAUGGAAAGCCAUUCAGCCAAGUCGUUAAUGCUGCUAAAAGCCUUGGCUACACUGAACCAGGUGAUAAGUUACAACCACCCUAUUAUUGUUGUAAUAUCACCAUAUGAGUAUUGAAGAUAUGACUUACAAAAACAGAAAAGUGGUUGUUGAAAAUAUGAUAUUAUCUAUUCUUAAGUAGUGUAGUCUUACUUUAUUGUUUAUAUGUUCCUCUGUCUGAGUAAUUCUACUCGUUUUCCUGUCAGGCAAGUGUUCCUCUUGUACAACAAUAUUUUCUGGCCUUCUGCUUAGGAAGUUUGUCUAGCACUAAUUCGAAUGUGAGAGAAAUCAGAGAAAUUUGAGAAGCGAUUAAGAGAAUGUGUGAUACAAAUGUCUUACACGUGAAUUCUUCUUUAUACGCUCACUUUACAGUGCUUAUUCUUACAUUUACCCAAUGUGGUGAACAUGCACAUACAACUCUAUUUUACACUUAUCUCUUGUUAUUUAUAUUUAGCUAUCUGAUUCUCCCCUCUAGCUGGUGCAUACAUAUAAACCUGUAUAGGAUUUGGUGAGUAUGUCUAUAAGCUGAUCAGUUGACUUUCCAAACUUUAUAACAGUGUCGUGAAAACAUUUUUUUGGGAAGGGACAGUCGGUUUCUAUAUGCUUGGUCCCUCUUGUCAGAUGCUGCAUACAAUGGGAUACAAGUAUAACUUGAUUAUCGCACUCAAGUUUUGUUAUGAUCAAUUUCAAUUGUUGUAGAAAAAUCUAUUUCGGGUUUAACUACGCCUAAAAGUUACCUCCUGACAUGAGGAUUGCCGAAGACCACAUAAAGAGAUUACAACAAUACAUCCUCAACUGAAGUGAGACUAACAUGUUAUUGCUUGCACAGGGCGGAACAUAUUGAGUAGGUAUAAAAUAACUUAGGGGCUAAACAUUGGGUAACUAAACAUUAGGGAUGAGCUUGAGUGAGAUAUCAUUAAGUAAAUGGACUUUGCGCCUAACCCAGUCCAAAAAGCUAAUCCAAGAUCAUAUAAGGGUACCUUUAACCAAUGUGGUAAACUAACAGCAACCGUUUUCGAUCCUUUAGGUGGUUGUUAAUCUAUGUGCUCAUCGUUACCAUAGUCAUGACCCAAUAUUCUCUUUCUUCUAUAUUGCCCAAUUGCCUGAAAGUAUUAUAGUAUUUAGAAGUAGAACGUAUAUAAAGAAGGUAUCACUGUCCAUUUUGCAUCGUGAUUGUCUUUGACUU